GGCGGUUGGUCCUGCCGCCGAGGAGGGAAGGGGAAGCGCGGAGCGGGGCCGCGCCGGGCCGGUCGGCGCCGCGGACAGCAGGGCAGGGACGGGCUCUCGGGUCUCCCCGGCUGCGCUCUCGGCAGACUCCCCCGGGGCUAGGCGGCGGCAUGGACGCCUCCCCGGUUUGUCGCAGCGGGUGACGCCGCUCCCCGGCGGGCAGGGGAGGCGGGGGUGCGGGCGGCGCUGGAGGGAGUCGACCCGACCGGUGGCGGUUAGUGGCGGGGCCCGACCGGGGAGUCUGGGGAGGAGAGAAGCGGGAGGACACGGGCUGCCCUGCCCUGUUGUGAUUGGUCGGCGGCCGCGAGCUGGCCAGGUGAUUGGGCGGGAGCCGUGUCAGUCACUCCCCUCAUCCUCCCCUCCCCCAGGCGUCUGGCAACAGGCGCUGUCUGAGGCGGCGGGGGCGGCCGGGCCGGGGGGCUCGGGGCUCCCGGGGCUCCCUGCUCCCGCCGCGGUCCCCCGCGGCUCCCCUGCUCCCCCGGGCGCCGGGCCCGGCCCGUGGCCUCCCUUGGGGGUGGGCCGGAGGGCGUGGGCCCGGCGCGGGGCUGGGAUCUGCAGGCCCUGAUACUGGCCGGAGGGGCGGGCGGCCUCAGGCCCCGGGCUUGGAUCGUUUUGGGGUGUCCUGCGGCCUGUUUCUGAAUUAGCUUCGGAUUCUUCCUUUGUCUGCCUUGCCUUCCCCCUCCCCUUCUUCCCUAGGCUCUGUGGGGUUUUCUUUCUGGGUUUGUUUUUUUCUUUUUUCCUUUUUUUUUUUUUUUUUCCAAUUCGGUGAGAUCAUCUCUCCUGGAGGCUGCAAUGUGACACAAAUGCUAAAUAGCCAUGUCGCUCGGGGAGGCUUCCUCAUCUAAACUCCGUAGUCGUCUCACUUGCAGUCAGGUGGUAGUCUUUCCGAAGAUGAGUACCUAAUUGAAUUGGGGGCAGUGAUUCAUGGAAAGAGGCCAAAACCUAAAAGCAUAAGGACAGCCUGGCGUUAUCAUUAUGGAUCGCUCUCGGCACCGUGCAGGAAAUGGCAGUGAGCAGGCACCUUCACGAGAGCAUAGUCAUGGAGAAGAUGAGAGACAACGACAGCUGGAGCGCCUCGGUAGGGAAGAGGCGUAUUACCAAUUCAUUAAUGAACUCAAUGAAGAAGACUAUAGGUUAAUGAGAGACCGCAACCUGCUUGGCACUCCGGGGGAAAUAACAGCAGAAGAGUUGCAGCAACGCUUGGAGGGGGCUAAGGAGCGCCUGGCAUCACAGACUGAUCUGGAUAACAGAGAAGGUGAAAGUAGAACUGUUGGAGAUUCUGAUGUUCUUGGAGAAAACUCAAAUGGUGACUCUUUGCUUGAAUGGCUGAACACAUUUCGUCGCACGGGAAACGCCACUCGCAGUGGACAGAGUGGGAACCAAACCUGGAGAGCUGUGAGUCGAACAAAUCCAAACAGUGGGGAGUUCCGAUUUAGUCUGGAAAUCAACAUAAAUCAUGAGCAUAACAGUUUUGAAACUGCUAGUGAGGAGUAUGUGGGUAUAGAUAGUAGCAGAAUGUAUUUAGAAAGAAGACAUCAAAGAGCUGUCAGUCCAGUAACCCCACGAACGAGGAGCAGGACUGCAAGAGAGGCAAACAGUGAGGCUUCCAGCACUGCAAGGACCAGGUCUGUAAGAAGUUCCGUGGCACAAAGCUCUGAAGCAGCCUCUCGUCCAGUCUCAGGGAGGCUCAGGAGUAGAACGAGGGAGUUGACAGGUGUUUCCCGAACAAAUACUACACGUAAUAAUUCUGCAGCUACUGGUGAACAAAGGGAAACACCAGAAAGAGGUACUUCUACAGGAGUCACAAGAGGUAGAGGUAGAACUAAUGUUCGGAGGAGUACAAACCAAAGACUAGAAAUUCUGCGGCUGAGGUCUACUUUAAGUAGUCGAAGCCGCUCUCCGCUGCAAAGGCAAGGUGAUACUGCUCAUUCUGAGGAACAUGGGCAGAGGCAGGAGAGAAAUGCACAGCAAGGCAACAGAAGUAGAAGACAAACAGCUCAGCUUUCUCCACAGCCUGCCGAAGAACAAGCAAGAGGUAACACUCAGAAUCCUCAACUUUCUGGUGUAGCCCCAUCCUUGGGAAUAACUUUGGAAGAGGAGGAAUCUAGUAGGCCAGUAGCUGCUGUUAGAAGGCAUCCAACAAUUACAUUAGAUCUCCAAGUGAGAAGAAUUCGUCCUGGAGAAAAUAGAGAUCGUGACAGUAUUGCCAGUAGAACUCGUUCUAGAGUAGGAAUGGCAGAAAACACUGUUACCUUUGAAAGUGACAGCGGGGGAUUUCGGCGUACGAUAUCACGAUCAGAACGUGCAGGUAUUCGAACCUACGUUAGCACUAUACGGAUACCUCUUCGUCGGAUUUCAGAAACUGGGCUUGGUGAACCUUCAUCAGUAGCUCUUCGAUCAAUCCUUAGACAAAUUAUGACAGGCUUUGGAGAACUGAGUUCUUUAAUGGAAACUGAAUCUAACUCAGAAGUGCAAAGACGUGGUCAUCACUUACCAGAUGUGCAGUCAGAGCAGAAUAACUCACGUUCAGCAAACAAUAGCAGUGAUCCAAGUGAAGUUUCAUCUAGAAAUGGGCAUGCAGUAGAAGGCAGCAGGGAAACAAAUGGACAGAGUGAUGAUAUUCAACGCCAUCGUCGCAAUAAUGAAAACCAAGAUAACAGGCAGUCUCAGGAUGCUAAUAACCUAGUAGAAAAUGGAACGCUGCCCAUACUUCGACUUGCCCACUUCUUCUUGCUGAAUGAAGACGAUGAUGACGAUCGUUUAAGAGGUUUAACCAAAGAGCAGAUCGACAAUCUUUCUACCCGGAACUAUGGGGAUAUUCACACUGAAAAUGAAAUAAGCAAAACGUGUAGUGUUUGCAUUAAUGAAUAUGUAACAGGGAAUAAGCUAAGGCAGUUACCUUGUAUGCAUGAGUUUCAUAUUCAUUGUAUUGAUCGCUGGCUUUCUGAAAACUCCACUUGCCCAAUUUGUCGGCAGCCUGUGCUGGGGUCUAAUGCCACAGACAAUGGCUAGAAUUAUUUAUACUGCUCAGUACUCAAGGAUUUGCUUCUGCUCUAUUUAUGAUGAGCCAGAUGGAAUGAAUUGACUUACAUAGGGGUCCAUUUGUUUGGGGAGUUUUGUUAAAUUUCUUUAAAAAUACUAGGAAACUUGUCUAAAUCUAGCAAUGUAAAUACUAUUUUUCUCCGAGUGCAGAUCUAGGAGUACGCAUAGAACCAAAUGAUAUCGGUAAAGUUUAUAUUUUUUUAGGUAAUUUUGUUAUGCUAAGCACUUUUGUAAAUACAGAAAUGCAAUAGUUAAUCGGUCCUGCUUAAUGUAUGUUUUUUUAACAGUGUAAUGGACUCACUUUAUUUAGAUUACGAAUUGUUUCACACAGACCCACCACUGUGUUGAAAAAUUAGUGUCUAAAUAGCCAUUCAUUAGCUUUUUGUUCUAAGAACAAUUUCUUUUACAGAGAGUUUCUUGCUGGACAUGUUUGCUAAAGAUAUUUAAGUUACUUGAAGUGCUCAUUUUAAUAGACUAUAUUUUUUUUAACAUUGAAAUAUCCUUUCCAAAAACUUGCCAAUUUGGUUCUAUUUAAAAGAUUUUAUGGCAAUUUUUGCAUGUGGUUUUACACAAUGCUUAAUGCUGAUGAGUUCAUAUUCAAAAGUGGAUGGGUUAGUGACAUUACAAAAUGUACAUAAUUAAAUGCUGUCUUUGACAAUCUCUGUCUUUUCAAUGCAGACAGCAAUCAAAUCGGUAAUAAUUCUGAGAGGCUGUGUCUUACUGAACAUGACAUUUGCUCAAAGAACAAAUGAGCACUGAGGAAGCCUUUUUACUGUUCCAAAUUACUCAGUUGAUAUUCAUGGGUUUUAACUGCCUUAGUUUAAAGAGGGAAAUAUUUCCUUGACCAUUAUAUUGUCUACAAUAUGCAUGAGUUGUGCAUCCUACUCAGAAAAACAAAACAAAGGCUUGAAGUGUUUUUGUACAGAAAUUUAAGGUACACAUAUAAUAUUAGUCCACUUAAAACAUGUCUGAGGACCAAAUGGCAAAAGACACUAAAAAGGACAAAAUAAGCUUCCCUUAAAGUCCCCAGAUUACUGUACAAUUAGAUAUUAAACUUUAUACCAAUAACUUAUAAAGAAAUAAAGUUGCAAAGUAAGUAA